AUGGAUAAAAAAGAAAAUUUUGGUAGUCGGAGCCAAAACGUUAGUGCUGAGCAAAAAUGCCUAUUAUAUAAACUUGUUGAUGAAGAUCAAGAGCUCAAAAGUACAAAAUUUAUAUCUCGUUGGAAGUUUAUUGCUGAACAGUUAAAUACAUUAAAAGGGUCCAAGAAGACAGCAAAGGAGUGGUGGUUGAGAUAUCAGCUUGAGAACAAAUGUCGCACUGCUGGCCAAGCAAGUGGUGUCAGUGAAAAAAGAAACAUACAACCUACAGUUCAACUAAAUCCUAGUAUAUCAUCAACUGAACCUGUAACCUGUGCACCAGGACAAACUGAUGCAACAUUAAAUACCUUAGCUGCUGCUUUAAAUGAUCUUAACACAAACGAUAUAUCCAAGUUAAAAAGCAGUACCAUGCAUAAGUUAAAGUUCUUAUUGUGCGCUGACGAUCAUAAUGAUUGGCUAGAUCCGUCUUAUCGUAUGUCAAUCACAGAUUGGCUUCUGUUCGACACGGUACUUGUGCAUGAAAAUUUCGACGUUAUUCAAGUGCAUAGGGAAAAUGGAACUGGCCAUAAAGCUUUGCUAGCUUUAUUUCACCUGGUAGAGAAGUAUAAUAUAGAGUCUUUUGAAGGCGACUCUCUGGCGGAAGCAUGGGCAGCUCUCACGAUAGAAUAUAACGCAGCGGGCCGCCAAUGUACUCCAAUGUUAUUACAACGGCGUUGGUAUCAGUUAAAGUUGGCCGCAAGAGAGAGUAUCUAUAAAUUCCGGUUAAUGUAUUUGGCAACACCAAACGAUAUGAAACGAGUACUUAAGUUUAAGCCUACUUCAUUGCAGUUAGCUGUUCUUGUACGGUAUAGUCAAAAAGUGGUAUUAGAACCAUUCAUGUCAUGGGAGGAUCAGAUCAAAAACGGGCUGGUCAUACUUCGGGAACAAUUUGUAUCAAUUGCAAUGAAAAGCAAAAUUGGACAGACACCAAGUACUCAUACAGAAACAUUGGCAACUAUAGAUUUAACUUCGACAGAAGAUGAAAUAAACAUAAUAAAAAACAAGGAAUUCGGAGACGUCACACUACAGCAAGUUACACCAAUCGAAUAUAAUGAUGAAAAUAUGUCUUCUGAGGCACAAGAGCAUGAAACAUCACAAAUUAUCGAAAAAGGUGAAGAAUGUUUAAUUAGAAAUGACCCUGAGGUCAGUAUCGAGACAACGCCUAACGAAAAAAAUAAUAGCGAUGCUUCUAUGGAUAAGAUGACACUUGAUACGAUGACAGAACCAGAUAAACUAGAAGACAAUGAGAUGGACACGGAAAAUUACCCAUCCAAUGAUAUCCCAAUUUCUGAUAAACCAACUGUAGUAGUACCUGAUCCGUUUAGAGAAAUCAUAGGUUUUGAUAAACAAAAACCAGUUUUACCACAAAUUACGAAUGUUUUCGGUAACGUCCAAGUACCUAUUGAAGCACUGUCUAAGAUCAGUGUGUUGGCUACGAAAAUUGCUAAAAAUAAUAUAGAAAACAAAAGACAUAUUAAUGCUUCUCAUAGUGAACAAAACAAUCAAAUCAACGAAGGCCUUGAAAUUGAUUGUGAAAUCGAUAAAGCUGAAGCGAUUGACGACGGAAAGCCACUUGGGACUAUGGUAGAUGAACAGAAAAAAGAAGUCCCUACAAAAGAUAAAAAACUGUUUAUGAUUCCAGUAGUAAAUACGGUAAAAUUAGAAGACAUGGGUGUAUUACCUACGCGUUUAUGGCAUCGUGUUAAAAAUAAAGAAAUAAUAGAUGUCGUUAACACAAAAAGUAAAGUAACAGAUGAUAAAGCUCCAAAAUUAAAGAAUAACAAAAAAUUUAGUUUAAAUAAAGUUCAGCUGUGUAGCUCACGUGUCAACAAGUCGCGCCAGCGCUCAUAUAGUUAUUCUGAACUAUCUAAGAAUCCAGAUUUCAAUAUUCCCCUUAAAAAACUAAAUCGUCAAUUCUUCAGGUCAGAUCGCAAUCGAAUGUUGCUAAGAGCAUGCAAACCACUUUGUGUAGUUGUUGAUAAAUCCUUUGAAAGCAAACUUGUAAACGGAAGAAUGUAUUUAAAACCUACUGCAUUUUGCCAAAAUAAUGAAUCAUUUGAUCAGAUGAAACCUAAUGACAGCCACCCCAAUGUUUUUCUUGAAUCAUCAGAUGCAAAAAAAAAUAUAAGGAAUACUAACACUGAACAAGCCUUCAUUCCAAUCGCGUCACAACCUUUUAAAGAUAACAUAUCGCUGCUACCUCUUGUACCUGACGCCUUACCUAGUAAUAGUCCUCAUGAUUUAAUACCAAUGGCAUCAAACCCUGAUAAAUUUAACAUAGCACUACCCCUCAUAACCAGCGCUAUACCUAGUAAUAGUCCUCUGGCUUUAGAAUUUGACACGUUACCAAGUAGUUCUUCUUUUGAAACAAAUCGAUAUCAAAAUACUAAUUCACCUUCCAAAAAAAUUAUAACUAUCGUACCAUCAAAAAAUACAGAACCCACAGAUACAGAGCCAUUGCUGGUUAAUAAUAGUUAUAAUGCCUCAGAGAGAUUAUUAGACUUGUACACCCUCAAUAAACUAUUAUGUAUGUUAGUCAAUGUUGAAAUGAACAAAACUGAGCACAAUGAUAUUAAGGCGACUGCUAAACAAAAUAAAGUUGUAGACAAAGGCAGUAAUAAUUUAAAAGAUACCAGUGAACCUACAGUCAAUAACUCAGGCACUGACACUGUUAACGCGGAUAAAACUGAGGGAAAAAAGACAAAAUAUUAUAGUAAACAUAUUAAACCCUGUUGUUGGGCGCAAGCAAAGCUAAGGUCAAUGGAUACUAUUGGUAAACGGGUGCUUCUGCCUCAUAAUUGUGUAUUUCCAUCAUGCGAAUGUUGCUGUAAAAAAAUAUUAGCAAUGUAUUAUAUUAACAACAAAAUACCUAAAAAUAAUAAUUCGAAGCCACCAAAACAAAAAAAUAAAUCGAAAAACAAACUUAUUGAACUUAACGACUUUCUAGCCGAUGUAGUAACAACAUUUUCAGAUCAAUCCUUAGACAAGUUCUUAUCGUUGGGGAAUAAUAAAAUAUUAUUAACUACGACAAAGUUUCCUAAGAAUUUCAAUUUAUUUACUGGUUUUCAACGUUAUCUAGAAAACAACUUGUUACCUAAAGCCAUUCGAUUAGUUUUAAAGCCGAAUGGUAGAGUAUUUCUUAAACGUGACAUUAGAGCACCUGUAGACCCUAAAAUUUUAAAAGAGAUAAUAGAUUUAGUUGAUGAAUUUAAUCAGCUCAGCCGUGUGCCUACUGCACAGCAUAAUAAUAAUAAUAAGAAAAAUAACAAAACGUUUCCUGAUAAAACUCCCAACACAACACUUAAUAAAGAAUCUUCAUGCAUUGAAGAUACAAAAGAAAUAGACAUUUCAAUACCAGAACAUAUUAAAGAAACUCCUAAGUCGGUUAUUUCAGAACAAUUAAAAUUAACACUAAAUCCUAUUUUUUGUAACACAACUACUACAAUUUUAUCCGCUCAAUUUAAACAAGAACCACAACCAACCAAAGAAAAUGCUACCGUUAUGGAUAAGAUAAAAUCAUGUCUUGGUAUGGUAUUUUAUAAGACGCUCACUCCAAUUAAAUUAGUGUCAGAACUGAAGUAUGCUUACUCACAAAAUGGUUUAUUUUUUAAGUUAGAUCUAGACACUGGGUCACUUGUGCCUAUAAACGUGUGCAUUAAAAUGCAUCGGAUACCCAUACUAGAUUUUGAUCCGGGUUCAAACAAUUCAUUAUCUGUGCCAAGAAAACACAAAACACUCUUUCCAAUCAACUCUCAAUCGCCUAGUUUACUUACAUACGACCUGGAAUCAGUGUCCUCUCAAUCCCCAAUAUCAAUUCUAUCCACAUCCCCUGGGCCCAUUUCAUCCUCCCUACCUGGAGAAAUUUCAUGCAAACCGAUUGAAUCAACUGUUUCAGAAUUUUCUAUACCCGACAACAAUGGUCUUUGUAACGUGUCUAAUAUUUCUUAUGCAUCAGAUAUACCAUUUAUUAGGAAACCCCUUGUGUCUCUUAAAGUUGAAGACGAGUAUAUCAUUAGUGAUGAUGACGACGACAAUGCAGAAUCGUGGAAUAUAUUUGAUAAAUUUCUAAACAUAGAUGACGGUCCUGAGGAAUAUAUUGAACAGCAAAAAGAAUCUUCAAAUGCUCCCAUAGGUUUCGAAGAUCAAAUAGUAAAAAUCCUUAAAGUUGAACAAGUAUAA